GAUCAACCAAAGUGGUGAAGGGUGCAGGUGGUCUACAAUUAAAAAAAAAUGUGGCGACUACUGUGUGUUCUCGCGCUAGUGAUCAGCAGCGACGCGAUGCCUAAGAAAUAUUCUGGCAUUCAGUUGAAAAAACCAGUGACUCCAAGAGCUUCUGCAAAUCGGCUCGACGCAAAUUUAGUCCAACCUACGCACUAUGCGUUAGAUUUGACAGUAACUAAAGAUGAUUUAGAAAAUAAAGCGGAGUUUAGUGGAAACGUGCAAAUGACGCUGACUGUUGGCAAAGACACCGACUCUUUUCAAAUUCACGCUAAAGACCUCACAUUUAGUACGGUAACUUUGACGAAAUCGGGGUUCAGUGGAGUGAUCACGACAGAGGGACCGGACACUGACGAUAUUGUUACAAUAAAAAGCAAUCAAAAAAUAACAUCUGGAGAUAGUUACAUUUUGGAGAUACAGUAUACGGGGAAACUUAGUGAUACAGAUAUGGAUGGAUUUUACAGAAGUAGGUACACAGACGACGAUGGAAAGACGAAAUAUUUAGCAACAACUCAGUUCGAAGAGAUGGGGGCGAGAAGAGCGUUUCCAUGCUUCGACGAACCGAGUUUUAAAGCAACAUUCGACAUCACCAUCACCUAUCCAAGCACAAGUAUAGCAUUAUCCAAUACCCAGCCAAAAGCAGACCCAAGUGACGUAGGAAAUGGUCUUGUCAAAGUGACCUUUGAAACUACACCUAAAAUGUCGACCUAUUUGAUCGCAUUCAUCGUCUCAGAAUUUAAGUGCGUAAGUGGUAAGAAUGCUGCGGAUGGUACACCAACUGAAGUUUGUGGGAGACCGGGAACAGAGGGAACAUUUUCGGUUGCGCUUGAAGCAGCUCCUGCAGCUCUUGACACAAUGCAAGGUUUUACGCGUUUUGGAUACGCAAGUUUGGGAAAUAAGAAAAUGACGCAAGCCGCAAUUCCAGAUUUUGCAAUCGGUGCUAUGGAAAAUUGGGGAAUGAUUACUUACAGAGAAUCGGAUCUUCUAUGGGACGAAAACCAAUCGUCAAACUAUGACAAACAAAUUAUUUAUGGUGAUAUAACUCACGAGGUGUCGCAUCAGUGGUUUGGAGAUUAUGUCACCCUAAAUUGGUGGUCUAAUGCUUUUCUGAAUGAAGGUUUCGCUACUUAUUUUGAAUAUCACGCUGCUGCUGAAAUUCAAACAGACUGGGAGUUGGCGAAACAAUUCGUUAUUGCAGAAGUUCAGCCUGUACUAGUAACUGAUUCUAGUGGUGACUCAAAACCUUUGUCCUACGAGACGACUGAUCCUGAGGAGAUCAAGGAAAGAUUUGGUGAUAUUUCCUACAAUAAAGGUGGUAGUGUUAUAAAAAUGUUGCAAAGCUUUCUUGGAAUCGAAAACUUUAAGCAAGGACUUUCUACAUAUCUUAACAACAACGGUGUGAAUAUGGCUACCCCAGAAAGCUUGUGGGACUCCUUCAUAGAGUUUAAACCAGAGGAUGUGCCAGAGACUGUGAAAAAGGUUAUGGAAAAUUGGACAUAUAAACCAGGAUAUCCCUUACUGUCGCUUACGCAAAACGGAGCUGACUUAACCAUUAGUCAAAAACGAUUUUUGUUGUCUGAUGACGAUACCGACGACACCAAAUGGUACGUCCCCAUUACUUACACCACAUCUACGGACCCAUCUAAAUUUACAGAAACAACUACAAAAAAGUGGUUAACGCCAACUGCAGAUGUAACCAUAACUCUCGACAAGGAAGACGACUGGAUUAUCUUGAACAACCAACAAGUUGGCUACUAUAGAGUUAACUACGACAAGACACUUCUGUCAAAAAUUCAAACUGUUCUAGACUCUGAUAACCUCGAUAAAAUAGACGAGAUCAGUAGAUCUCAACUGGUCGACGACCAACUAAAUUUUGCCAGAGCAGGCAAGGCAGAAUACACAGAUGUUUUGAAGUUUUUGUCAUUUAUGAAAAGGGAUACUUCCUAUUACAGUUGGUCUUCGGUUUUCAACGGAUUUAGUUACCUGUUGAAGAGAACAAAUGCCGACAAUAUAAGAAACCUACUGAAAGCUUACGUUAAAGAGUUGAUGGAAAAUCUGCUAGAUUCUGUUCCUUUCACAACAGAAAAACCAACAGACCAAAUUUACACACUCAAACAGGUUUUAGCUUUAACGUGGGCUUGUAAUCUGGGAGAAGCUAACUGUGUUAACAACGCUACAGCGGCAUUUACUAGUUACACGACGGACAACAACAUACCAAGUCGUAACUUGAAAAGUGUUAUCUAUUGUACCGGUUUGAAAAACAGCAAAAACCCUACAGAAGAUUACAAGUUUUUGUACAAUAAAUAUGUCUCAACCAAACUAGCUACCGAACAAUUGACAAUACUCAAAGCUCUAGGAUGUAUCAACGAUUCCACUCUCAGACAAGAGUAUUUGAAGCUAGCACUAUCUGAUAAAAUCCGAAUCCAAGAUGUGCGAUAUGUGUUCCAAUCUGUGUACGCUAAUAACGAGGACAAAGGCGUUGAUGAUACGCUGGAGUUUAUAAAGAAUAACUACAAAGAUUUUGAAACACACUUUGGAACUCAAUCCACUCUCAGUUCUUUGAUAACCAAAGUCGCUGACUUUAUUACAAAACAGACUCAAAUUGAUACGUUGAGCGGGUUCUUAAAAACGGAAGGUUUAGAUGAAAGUGUUGUAGCAGUUGGUAACGAAGCAGUUAAAUCAGCUACAACAAACUUGAAAACAAUCAGCACUUUGGAAGGAAAACUUAAAGAUUACUUUUCCCCAACCAGUGGUGCUUCGAUUAAUACCUACCACUUGGUAAAUUUAGCACUCAUCGGAGUCGUAUACCUAUUUUUUAAUUUCUAUUAACUGACGUAGUUACUUCAAUAGUAUUGUAGAUACCUCAGUUAUUUAUUUUGUAAUUCCUAAAUAAAGUAGUAUAAGUAUUAAAA